AUGGGGAAAUCGAGAUGCCUGACGACCCCUGGUCCCUCAGGGACGACAUCACCGAAACGGCAGGCUGGCCCAAUGGACGAGUUUCUGUCCAUGCCCGACGGCUUCAGACCCACGCGGCCGUUGGACAAAAUGGCGCUGGACUCACCGGGUGCAAGCAGCAUUGUUGAAUCUGUAGCAGGCUCUACACCAGCAGACACCCUGACCCAGAUCUCUGCAGAGUUAUCUGCUAUUGCCUCAAACAUGUUGACAAAGGCAGACAAGGUAGCCCUGGUGCAGGAAAUGCGCUCUGCCAUCAGAGAAGAGAUUCAGGAGGUGAGAAGAGACUUAACCGCCCUGCGAGUCACUGAGCUGGAAGCCGACUGUAUGCAGGCCUCUCAACACUCCCAAGCCGCUGACAACGCUACCUCAAGACAAAGCACUGUUCUCCUAGAUUUAAGGAGGCAGGUCGAAGACCUGGACAACCGCGGCCGCCACAAUAAUAUUCGCGUGAGAGGCCUGCAUACAGUCGGGGGAAGACCUCAGUGCCAUCUUGCCGCAACUCUUCACGCAAGUACUGGGAGAAGAAGCCCCAGACACUUACAAUAUUGAGAGAGCCCACAGAGCGCUCCGACCCCCUAGGAAUGACGGACUCCCCCGAGACAUUGUAUGCUGCCUACUAUCCUUUCAACUAAAAGAGGCUAUUAUGAAGGCAGCCAGACGACAAACCAUCACCUAUAUGGACGCCCAGGUGUCCCUGUUUCAAGAUCUUUCACCCCUGACAUUGGAAGCACGCCGGGCACUACGAUCACUCACUCGAAUGCUGCAAGACAGGAGGAAUCCAUACAGAUGGGGACACCCAUUUAGCCUGCAAGCCCGAAAGGACAGCGCAUGGUGCACACUGAGAUGGCGAAUGAUGUCUCCAGGUUCCUGA